AAAUAAAAUAAAAGAAAGAGGAACCCUAAACCCACACCGUCUUCAUCUCCUUCUCCCGCAGAUCAGUUCCGCCGCCGUCUUCAUCCCAAUCGUGGUAUCGCAGCUCCCGCGACUUUCUACUCUAUUGUCAUUACUGGUGACCUACGAUGGCGGACGAAGAUCCAAAGCCACUCACAUAUAUACCAGAGGUUAUACUUAAGAAGAGAAAGGUCAAUGAACUGGCGGCACUGAGAAGAAAGGAGCAGUUGGAAUUAAGGAAGCUGAAUUCGAAGAAAAACAAGGAUGGGUUUAUUAAGCUGCCUGAAGAAUUUGUCAGAGAAUAUCGUGCUAGAGAACUCGACUUUGUCAAGAUGAAGCACAGGAUAAAGAGAAAAAGAACUGCCUUGGUGCCAUCAAAAUCAAAAUUGAUUUUUAUAAUUCGGAUACAGGGCAAGAACGACAUGCAUCCAAAGACAAGGAGUCUCUUAUAUAAGCUUGGAUUAAGUAGAGUUUUCAGCGGGGUCUUUGCGAAGGCCAAUGAGCAUAUUCUAGGAAAGCUACAAAGGGUGGAGCCGUAUGUGACAUAUGGAUACCCUAAUCUUAAAAAUGUGAGGGAGCUCGUCCAUAAGAAGGGAUUUGCAAAGAUAGACAAACAAAGAGUUCCUCUAACUGACAAUAACAUCAUCGAACAGGAAUUGGGCAAGCAUGGAAUCCUUUGCAUGGAGGAUAUUGUGCAUGAAAUUGCUAAUGUUGGCCCACAUUUUAAGGAGGUAAUUUCCUUUCUAUGGCCCUUUGAACUUGAAAAGCCAGGAAGUGGACUUCAAGGGAAAAAAUCAUUGUACAAGGAGGGUGGGGAUGCUGGGAAUAGAGAGGAUGAUAUCAAUGAUCUGAUUGAUGCGAUGAAUUAGGUUUGAAUCAGAUCAUUUGAUUUAAAGAUAGGUUUCAGAAAACCUGAAGGAACUGAUAGUUUCUGUAAUUCAAUUUUGUUAGUAUCAUUAGUUCUUGACCUAUCAGCUUAUGAGACUUUUAACUUGUAUCCAAGGGCUUGUAAUGUGUGGAUACAGGAAAAUUUUCUGGUGCCACUGUUGUAUUUGAUCUUUUACCAAUUUGGCACAAAACGUUAUUAAGUGAUAUAUUAUUUUAUUUUAUUAGCGCUA